CACUAACCCCUCUUGUUUUCUCACUCUUUACAGGUCAGUCUCAAUAUCAAACCUCCGGUCUCACUGAUAAAGCCUCUCGUCUCGUCUUCGUGUUCUUAAAGCCAACCUCAAUCCCUGACUUCAAUUAUACGACAAUCAACCACCUGUCAACCUGGUCAACAAACCACUUAAACCACAUUUCGCGCAGAAUCCUUCUCCUUCAAUCGAGAAUAUCUAUCCUCUUCAAGCGAAAACACCUACCCGCAACAACUCGUUCCAGUCGACUUCACCGCCCAACCACCUCUGAGCUCGAGCCAAAAGCACCCACAAUGCUCUCCACAACCCUCCUCACCACUCUCCUCACCACCACAACCGCCCUCGCCCUCCCCCUCCACAACCCCCUCGCUCCCCGCGCUGGCGGCCCCGCCUACACUCCCAUCCCGGCGACCUGCCCCGUCUACACCGUGCUUCCCGUGUCGCUCUCCUCGUCCCCACCGCACUACGCGCCCCUCGCCAGCGUUGACGCCGCCAACCAGGUCUACGCCGCGUACUGGGACCCGGCCUCGACUAACGACACUGACCUAUACAUCGGGUGCCUGGAGCAGUGCAACGGGCUCAGCGGGUGCAAGGCGGCGUAUAUCGCGUGGGAGGUGCCGACGCCGGCGGGGUACUACGGCACGCCGGGGGGCGAGCUGAUGACGGGGUGUUUGAUGUAUAAUCGCACGCUGGUGGCGGGGGAUUUUGGGGCGGCGAAGGAGGGGACGCAUCGGGAUGGGCGGAUGGGGAAUUUGAGUUGUAAAUGAGGGAUGAGGAGGAAACGGGUUGGUGUUUUGAUAUCUUUUGUAGGCAUUGCGUUUAGCGCGGAAGGGUGUUUAUUUUGGGUAUGGCAUGGAUAGGAUGAAAGCCAUGACUAAAAGGCGUGUAAUGAUUGCUAGACGUUAUGAAGUUUAAUGAAGAUGCUGUAUAACUCGUCUUGAAUGUUUCCAAUGUCCUGGGGUCCUGGUGAGCUUUGUUGUCCUCCUAAUCCGUAAGGCUGUGGAAAGGGUAGAGCACGGAGGGAGUCACGGUGGGUGUUUAUGACGGUAAAAGGGACGCAUUGGGUGCGUCUCAUAGGUUAGAGAAAUCAAUGCGAGGUGCUUCAUUCGGCACGCAACAUGGAGUUCCGUAUCUAAAAGAAAUUCCGGGCAAGUGGUUAGAAGAUUUGGAGAGGCUUCAUGAAUGACAUGGCAUAGAAGUACCU